AUGUCUCCUUCCUCUACCCUGCCCAGUGGCUUCAAGCCAUCCAGCUUUGGCUCAGUGGACUGGCUUUCCCGGAGCAGCCACGUGGGGCCGGCACACACCUUCAGGCCCGCUGAACUCUCCUGGGGGAGCCUGUCUGCUCCAGCCAGGGUGUCCAGCAGCGGGGAGGUCCCCCAGACCGUGGGCGUGGAGGAGGUGAAGCCCUCGGAAGUGUCUGCGCCAGGGACACCUGCAGCUGGGGUGAGGAAGGAGGCCGACAGCGGGCGGGCGCCCCGGGUCCGCACGGCCUUCACGGCGGAGCAGGUCAGCACCCUGGAGAGCGCCUUCCAGCACCAACGCUACCUGGGCCCCCUGGAGCGCCGGAAGCUGGCCCGGGAGAUGCGGCUCUCGGAAGUGCAGAUAAAAACCUGGUUUCAGAACCGCCGCAUGAAGCACAAGCAUCAGCUCCAGGACUCUCAGCUGAGCUGCCCUUUCUCCAGAACGCUCUAUACGCCAGUGGCUUUCUGCCCGCCACUCUCUGCCCUGGCCAGUAGCUUACCGCCACUGUACCCUUGGGCUUCCCCGCUUGGGCCUCUGGCUCUGGGACGGCCCCCUGGCUCCUUCUGGGACCUCUGCCAAGUGGAACAAGCCUCCCUGGCCUUGACGUGGGCCUCGUGCAGCAGACAGCCUCCAGUGUGCUGCCUCCCAGACCCUGGGGGCCUGGUGCACACACUGGGCCCAGCUUUGUCCAGGGGUCCGUGGGGCCUGUGUGCCUUGCCCCAGACCAAGGAUGCCUUCUGAGGAAGCAUGGUGGCCCAGAGGCCUGCAGCUGGAACGUGUCGCACACCGCCACCGCCACAGACACAGUAGGUGUGUGCGGAACUGUGCCCGGUAUCUCCCUGGAGAGACACUCACCAGUGAUUGCUGUCACCGUGACAUCUGGCGUGAGCCUUGUGUCUCCACAGGUGGGACCUGGAACCCUGACCUUCCUUAGGACCUCUUACAGCCACUCCCUCGUUGAAAACUACUGCAGGUUCAGUUUAGGAACCACACACGAUGGGUCAGCCAACAGAAUCCAGUGCCAAAAGUGGACUCGCCAAGUGUCAGGCUUGUAGCAUAUGAUACAGCGGUAAUUUAUUCAAUGGAAAGUGUUGGGAAAAUAAAGAUGGGCACCCGGCUGCCUCAGUCGGUGGGGCCUGUGAUUCUUGGUCUUGGGGUUGUGAG